AUGGUACGUGUUGUGCUUUUGGACCGUGCCACUGAAGCCAAGCCUUUCUGCUUGGCUGUCGUUCUUCAGUGUGGCUCAGACCCGACAAUUGAAGCCUCCGGGGACGUGUGGAGCACCAUGCCAUCCAAGCGCCGCAACAACGGACGAUCCAAGCACGGCCGUGGUCACACGGCCAUCGUGCGCUGCUCCAAUUGCUGCCGCUGCGUUCCCAAGGACAAGGCCAUCAAGCGCUUCCAGGUCCGAAACAUGGUGGAUGCAUCCUCGCAGAGAGACUUGAGGGAGGCCAGUGUGUACCAGACCUUUAUGUUGCCGAAGCUAUACAUGAAGAUGCUCUACUGUGUGUCCUGCGCGAUCCACGGCCGCGUGGUGCGCGUGCGCAACAAGGUCUUGCGCGCCAGCCCCGAAGGCCGCAUCUACAAGCCUCCUAUGGGCAAGGGUGGAGGCAAGGGCAACUGA